UGCACAAGAGGUCAGCGAUAGUUUUCAAAAUGGCGGCCUUCAAUGUGCUGUUGUCCGGCUGCGGACGGUUUCUCAGAGGGCUGCUGACAGGCCCGACCGUGACCAACUGGGCUAGGCCACCAGCCCGCGCGUUUAGGGAAGUGGUGGAGAUCCAAGAAGGGAAGACGACUAUAAUUGAAGGCCGAAUCACAGGGACUCCCAAGGAAAGUCCAAAUCCCCCCAACCCCUCUGGCCAAUGCCCCAUCUGCCGCUGGAACCUGAAGCACAGGUAUAGCUAUGAGGAUGUUCUGUUGCUCAGUCAGUUCAUCCGGCCACAUGGGGGCAUGCUGCCCCGGAGGAUCACCGGGCUGUGCCAGGAAGAGCACCGCAGGAUUGAGGAGUGUGUGAAGAUGGCCCACCGAGCAGGUCUGCUCCCAAAUCACAGGCCCAAGCUUCCUGAAGGAUUUGUUCCAAAGACCAGACCACGACUCAACAGGUACCUGACCCGCUGGUCUCCCCGCUCUGUCAAGCCCAUCUACAACAAGGGCCACCGCUGGAACAAGGUGCGCAUGGCCGUGGGGUCCCCCCUCCUGAAGGACAACGUCUCCUACACGGGCAGUCCUCUGGUGCUGUAUCACUGACGGAGCGCAAGGCCUCCUGAGACCUGGGCUCAUCCUGCACUCCCGCCCCAUCCCACCAGGGCAGCCCGGCUCCUCCCGGGCAGACGGCACGGGGCGCGGCAGGGCCUCUGCAGUGCCUGGGACCCGCACCACCGUGGUGCUGGCAGCUGGGGGCGGACAGCUGUGGUAUCUGACCCUGUGCAGCUGCGGUGGUCUCACGACUGGCCGGGGCUCAGGGCUGGGGCACCGGCCGUCUAUCCCAAGGACUAUUAUAAACCAGGCUUGUGCUCACCCGCUGGGUGUGUGCUCACUGCUGGGGAAGUGCGGGGGGCUCAGCCUGUUUCCGGCCAGUCACUGCGCAUUGAGUUGCUGGUCUGGGGUGGUGGGCCACGUGGGGCACUGCGCGGAGCUCACGGCCGCACAGGCUCCCUUCCUUUCUGUUGACAGCCGCUGGCUCUUUGUUCCGCUGCCCGGCCUGCGUGCAGCGCUUCCAAGUCCAGGAAGCUGCCCUCCUCAGAGGCCUGGCCGUCACCUUCUCCCCCGUGCCGUCUCCUCCCACCGUCCUCUCUCGUUAGCACAUUCCAGCCCUCUGCCACUUGCUCUAUUUAGAGCUGGGCCUCUCCUCAGCCUGGACGCCAGAUGGAGGUGGAGGUGGGGGAAGCAGCACAGAACAGACCGACCAGAUUCACCGCCUUUAUGAAAAUACUAUUCAGGCUCUGCACACCCUCCGGGCGGCCCGCCUACAGCAUGAAGGGCAGGUCUAGGUUCUUCUCGCCGGUGCCCACGUAGAUGUAGCCAUAGUUCUUGGUGCGAGGAGCAUGGUAGAAGGUGAGGCCGGGCCAGAGCAGGCUGCGCAGCACCACCAGGGCAUUGCCCCUCUCCAUCUGGACACUCCAGGACCCUGGGGGUUGGGGAAGAGGCAGCAGAGGGCAAGGCCUGGGCAUCGUGGAGGCAGAGCCCAGCCCGGGGUGCAGAAACCCCAGUUCCAGGCAGCCAGGCCUGAGCAUUAAGGUUCCACUGGGAAAGAGGAAGACAAUUUAAUUAUCCCGGCCCUUUACUCCUCCUGAUUGCCUUUGAGCCAUUUCACUGCUCAUUAAAGCCACUUCCAGAGGAAGGGUGAAGGAAAUGAAAAGAGGUGGAACUCAAA